AUGUCAAGAUCUGGUGUUGCUGUCGCAGAUGAAUCCUUAAGUGCCUUCAACGACUUAAAAUUAGGUAAAAAAUACAAAUUCAUCUUAUUUGCUUUAAAUGAUGAAAAGACUGAAAUCGUCGUGAAGGAGACCUCUACUGACCAAUCUUAUGAUGCAUUCUUAGAAAAGCUACCAGAAAAUGAUUGUUUAUAUGCCGUCUAUGAUUUUGAAUACGAAAUUAACGCUAGUGAAGGUAAGAGGUCUAAGAUUAUUUUCUUCACAUGGUCUCCAGAUGUGGCUCCAAUUAGAUCAAAAAUGGUCUACGCUUCCUCUAAAGAUGCCUUAAGAAGAGCUUUGAACGGUAUUGCUGUGGAUAUUCAAGGUACAGAUUUCUCUGAAGUAUCAUACGAAGAUGUCUUAGAUAAGGUUAGCAGAGGUAAGGCUUAA